AUGAAGACAAAAUCAAUGCGUCUCCUUGAGACUGAUCCAGAACGCUUGAAAGAUGCUUUAAAACAACAUUUAUUGAAGAGUGAUUUCAGGACACCACCAGUGAAUCUCCCUGAGAUUGAUCCAGAAUACUUGAGAGAUGGUUUUAAACAACCUUUAUUGAAGAGUGAAUACAAGACACUGCCAGUGGAUAUCCCUGGAAGGGAUGGAUCGACACGUGCAAUUGAAAGAGGCAAAAACAAGGGUGAAUCCAAGAUACAAAUACAGAAUCCCCCUGAAACUAAUAUACAGUUCUUGACUGAUAUAAAAGGAAAAGGUCUAAUAAUAAAGGAUGAAAUGAAGACAAAAUCAAUGAGUCACCCUGGUGUGAAUUUAUCCAAAGGCAAAGAUAUGCUCACACAAGAAGAAGAUAGGUUUGUCAAGCACACUGCACCAAGUAAAUCCUUAACAAAAUCACCCAUGUACAAUCAAGUUACGGAAAUUGGAAAAUCUAUGGCCAACCUGCUGACAGAAGGCGUGUCUGGUGUGGGUUUACAUAAAAGGAAAGAUACAUUCAUACAACAUCGAGAAAAUACUCAUACUAAGAAAAUCAGACCAACUAAAUUUCCAAUGAAGGUGGUCACUUUAUCACCAUUUAUAAAUAAAGUCUUUUAG